UCCCGGAUAGCCUUGAUCUCUUUUUAGUCUCCGCCCUGCCGCUCCGCUCGCGCCUGCGCAGUAGCGUCCAAGUGGUUGCUAGGAGAGCAGUGGCCCUAGUGAUGGAGCCGGAAUAAAUUAGUUCAAGAGGGCAGGAUGCCGCACAAGAUUGGGUUUAUUGUUGUAAGUUCAUCAGGGCACGAGGAUGGCUUCAGUGCAAAAGAACUGAUGGUCCACGCCCCAACCAUCAAUGGCUGGAGGUCACCAAGGCUCUGCCAGUAUCCCCAAGAAGUCGUCCUUCAGAUGGUAGAGCGAUGUAGGAUUCGUAAACUGCAGUUGCUGGCUCACCAGUACAUGAUUUCUAGCAAGAUUGAAUUCUACAUCAGCGAGAACCUGCCUGAAUAUUUUGCACCAUACAAAUCAGAGAGGUUCCGAAGGCUAGGUUAUGUGUCUCUCUCAAAUAAUGAGAAAACUGGCUACAAGGCGCGAGAACUGAAAUCGGUCUACGUGGAUGCCGUCGGCCAAUACCUAAAGCUGACGUUUCACAAAAACUAUGUCAAUAGGUACAACCUGUACAGUCAGGUUGCUCUUGUAGCAAUAAAUAUCAUUGGAGAGCCUGCAGAUGCCAGCAGUGACACUAAUCAUUCUUCUAGAGAGAAGCUGAUCGACCAUUACCUUGGGAACAACCCAGAUGACUCAGCCUUGGAUGGAACAUACACCGGGAAGCCAGAUUUGAUUUCACCACUGGAUGACCUGGCUUUUGACAUGUACCAAGAUCCAGAGGUGGCGCAGAUAAUUCGCAAGCUGGAUGAGAAAAAGCACGAAGCGGUGCGCCAGGAGCAUUACGACCAUGCCAAGAAACUCAAGCAAGCUAUUGCAGACCUGCAGAAGGUUGGCGAGCGGCUGGGCCGAUACGAAGUGGAGAAGCGCUGCGCCGUCGAGCGGGAGGACUAUGACCUCGCCAAGCAGAAGAAGCAGCAGAUGGAGGAGUACCGCCUCAAAGUGUACCAGCAACUGGAGCUGCACAAUCUCCUCGACCCGGAUCUGUUGAUCCGGCGGCCUCCCGACUUGCCUCUGGAGCCUGUGGCUUAUCCCACCACUUCUCCCCAGCAGAAAAGGCCUCUGCUUUCGCCCCGGUGGGACAAAACCGAAGCGGAGAGUCCUGAGCCACCUCCUCCUGAAAAGCCACCAGAAGCUCCUUCUCCAGAGCCCAUUGCAGCUCAGGCCAUCUCUCCCCCCGCCGCCCAGGCCCCCAUCUCCUCCGAGGCUUUUCCAAAGAUCAACGUUGAAUUCUUACCUUACGAUGAGAGGCCCCUCCCAACUAUUCGUAAGCAGCAGGAGGAAGGCUUUCCCUACUUGGACCCUGAGAUGAACGAGGAGGACCCUGGGGACACCCCGAGAAGUGGCGUCGUCGGGGAGCCAGAGCCGCUAACCGAGAAAGCGCUGAGGGAGGCCAGCUCAGCCAUUGAAGUGUUUGGGGAAGCCCUGGUUGCAGGGGCCUAUUCCAAGACAUGGUCCUACCGCGAAGACUCGUUGCUCGCCAUAUACAAAAAGAUGACGGAAGUAUCCACAAACACGCCAAAGGAUGACCUGAAGAACCUCCUUCGGGGCGCCAUCUUCCUCAUAGUGAGAGCCAUAAAAGACAUAGUCUCCUCGGUUUUUCAAGCUUCCUUAAAGCUCCUAAAGAUGAUCAUCACACAGUACAUCCCCAAGCAUAAACUUGGGAAGCAAGAGACCACUUACUGCGUGGAAAGGACCUUCCCCAACCUUCUCUCCAGGACAGGGGACUCCUCCGCCCGCCUUCGUGUAGCAGCUGCCAACUUCAUCCAGGAAAUGGCCCUCUGUAACGAAGUGAAGCCUCUUCAGAUUAUACCUGCUCACCUGGUGCAGCCUGUGAAGCCAAAUUCCCCUACACAUCUUGCAAUGAGCCAGGUGGAAUUAGUGGAACGCUUGCUGAAAGACCUGGGGACAGAUAACACCGGUUUUACUGUCGAUAACGUCAUGCGGUUUGCAACGGGAGCUCUGGAGCAUCGAGUAUAUGAGGUCCGGGAAACAGCCCUCCGGAUCAUCCUGGAUAUGUAUCGGCAGCACCGAGCCAUCAUCCUGGAUUACCUUCCUCCUGAUGAUGCCAACACACGAAAGAACAUUCUGUAUAAGACACUUUUUGAUGGGUUUGCUAAAAUAGACGGCAAACUCACAGAUGCUGAAAUAAGGGCGCAGAGAAAGACGGCUACCGACGACGCUGAAAAGCAAAAGAAAGACGAGAUCAAAGUGUUGCAAGGUCAGCUGGCAGCUCUGAAGGACAUGCAGACGGAAGCUCAGGCUGUAAAGGAGAAAGAGAAUGAUUUUCAGAAGUCCAAGGCUCAAGCUGAGUUCUCGAAAAAAGCCCCACAGCCUCCAAAAGCAGACACUCCAGAUGAUCACACCUCAGUUGCAAAUUACCUCGACAACCUCUGCAUCUUCUGUGGGGAGAGAGACGAAUCCUUCACGGAGGAAGGCCUGGAUCUCCACUACUGGAAACGUUGCCCAAUGCUGACAAGGUGCGAGUUCUGCAAACAGGUGGUUGAGAUUGCCAGCCUGACGGAGCACCUGCUGACGGAGUGCGACAAAAAGGACAACUUUGACAAGUGUCCACGCUGCUGCGAAGCCCUGCUGAAGGACGAGCUGCCCCGGCAUGUCAAGGGAAAGGCCUGCAACCCUGCCAAGCCUGAAAAAGUGGCCAAUCACUGUCCAUUGUGCCAUGAGAAUUUCACGCCAGGAGAGGAGGCUUGGAAGGUGCACCUCAUGGGCAAAGAUGGCUGCCGCAUGAACCUGAGGCGGGCCCAGUCCUUGAACAAGAGCAUGCCAAUGCAGUCAGUUGCCGGCAGGCCUGCUGGGGCACCUCUCAACCGAUCCGGGCCGACGGGCAUGAAGCUUCGCUCCCCAUCGGUUGGCAGCAAGAUCCCCACCCCACGAGGAGGCAUGAAUAAAAGCACUGGCAGAACGUAUGCAAAGCGAUGACGCGGAUCUCUUCUUUCCUUUCGGCUCCACAACCAGCUGCACUUUACAUAUCUCGCUCUAAGAUUCUGCUUGCAGAUAAUGGCGGUACCCUGCCCCAAACUCCUCUCCUUCCCCAAGUGGCACAGUUAUCAGCCAGUCACGUCUCUGUAUGAUUGUUUGGCUCUGAUAGGUUGAUCCUCUCUUCCCUGGGGAUUGUCCGCACAGGUGGAGAAGUUGCACAUCAAAAACUCCAUAUGGUGGGUGCUCACCCCUUGACUGAUCUCUUGCAGCACGAAAGCAGGGAAAAGAGGAAGCCUAGUCUAAGCCUUCUUACACCCUCUAGUUUCUGGGUCACUUUCUCCUUGUGCUGCAGGCCCAGGCACAAGGAGGUAGGUUCUUAUGUUACAUGGGUUGUCUGAAUUUGGUGGGAUUUGCCAUGCCCAUCUUUCUCCAAGCCCUACCUAGUUCUCGUAAGAAUUUCUCUAGGCAGAGUGACUUACAGUCUAGGCUCAGCCUGAAGCAUUUGCUCACGAGGUGUGUUCUGCACAUUAGGAUCUGUUGCGCCUCCUGCUGCUCUUGCAGAUUCCCCACUGUAUUCUGUAGGGUUUCUGCAGGAGAUGUUCCCCCCAUAAGUCUGAUGUGUCUGUCUCCCACUCUGCUGUUCUUAUUGGUUCCCCCCCC